CAACAUCAGUACAUGUCUAGCCAUGCAAGGGGGAGGUUGUGGUCGUUCCGGGUUCCAACCAAUGUGAUUUAAAUUGAGUUCGUUUGUCACCCGUUGCUCAGCGGAAAGUGAUUGGAUGUUGUGAGUGCAUCUGUCGGCGAGGAUAAAGGUGCAACGGAGGGGGAAAAAGUGUUAAUGGAGCCCCGUGUGAGAUAGUGAAUUAAGGUCCGCGCACACUCGUAGCUCUUGAAGGGACUGAUGUUGUAUUUUUAGCUUGCCCAGUCGGAGAGAGAGAAGAAGUGUAUCUUUAAAUGUAGCGACAGUGAGAAGCUGGAUUAAUUAGUGCAACACCCGUGAGAGAAAAGAAACGAGGAGUGUAGAGGAAAACACGCAUCUAGCACCCAGGGAUUUGUCAGUGGUUGAGUGUUAAGAGUCGUAUCCCUCCACAUCUGGUCUCACUCACCUCAAAAUUCAGCGUUCAGGUGUUGGGAAUCACCGUUGUAGAAAUUAAAGGUGCAUGUGUGAGGGGAGGAGGGAGCAGAGAGGGGGUGCAUGGUGCCUGGCCUCACCCAGGUAACCUAUAUUGCGUCACUUGUUUGCAAGGUGCAGGGGGGGGGAUGUAAGGAGGAUGGUAGGAGGUCGUAACCCUCACUCUGCUGCAACCUACUGUUAUGCUGUGACCGGUUUUAGCCAAUAUUGCCUUCUCUCCUGUGCCGGUUGAUACGUUGAGUAUCGGCAGACGUGUCUUGCUAGUGAGAGCAAGAGAGAAGAUAAGCUAUCUGGAGUUGUAUGUAGCCAGGACCACACAGGCGGGGCUGCACAAGGCACUGCAGCAGGAGGAACAGGUACAACCACAAGCAAGAGUAGGCCUAGCAAAACGAGGGUGUGGUGGAGGCCUACUCACCACAGCUGCCUUGUGACGAAGGUCGUGGGUGGAGUUUUCACUCCACGCCCAGACUCACUACACUACGCCCACGCCGCCUCUUCCCCAAUACUAAAGGAAUGAUGAUCAUGUAUUGCCAAGGACGGCCACGCUCCCUCUCACCUACCCUCAGGGACGGUACCUUGAUGCUACUCAAGGCCUCUUGAUCUAUGGAGAUGGAGCUAUCCCUCCUUAUGCUCUUCAAGGAUGGUGUAGAGAUGAAGGAGUUUAGCAGGGUGGUGGAGGUGGUAGUUAGGGCGGGUGCUUACCCCCCCUGCACCUUCCUAUUCCUCCUGGCCCUACUUUUGUUGGCUCGAGCUACGGCAGGAGUCACGUCAGAGCCUCAGCAUGUUACCAGUCACCUCACCUGGUCUCACACCCCCAGAAUCAUCUCUUCCACGUCAUGUCUGGCGGAGUACACCAAAGAUCAAGAGAUCAAGCCUCAGCGGCUGUACGUGGACGAGAAGGAGCAGCCCCUGACGAUGCUAACGUCGAGUCGGGUUCCUCAGCAGCUAAUGACCCGUAUGGUGGCCAUCUUCCUGCGGGAGUGGCUAGGCUACGUCAACCUCACCAUCACCACCGUUGCUGACACAUUUGACCCUGGCAGCGUCAUCAAUGCCAUGAAGCCAGACAAGCCUCCAUCCUCUGCAGGGCAGGUUGUGGAGGACGGGGACUGGGGCACCUCGCCUUUCAUCUUCGAGAUCAUGUUCAUCAAUGAAACAAUGAUGUUGCUUGCUAAUAAAAGCACUACUGAGGUGAGGAUCCCUAAAGCAAUGGUGAGCCUAGAAGUAUGGAUACCUCCAGGAUACAAUGCUGAAUCUCUCACCACUGACUUUGAAACUACCAGCUAUCUCGGAUCUGGUGGAUGUUUUGGAUGGUUUUUGCCUAAAAGCUUGCUCGCUCAAGAUUUCAUUCUGGACCACUGGAGGUCUUACACUAGUCCAAAUUCAAAAGCUCUUCGGAUGUUUUCCAGGACGUUUGAAGAGUUGCAAGAGUUAUCUAAUAAGAUGAAGGAUCCAGAAACAGGAGAAUUUUACUGCCCAGAUAAUCUUGGGUGUGAAAAAGGAAUGUACACACCGCCAAGGUGUACGCCUGAUCAAAUAUGUGCUGUCCUCUUUGCAUCAUUUGCAGAUAAAAUGUGAAAAAAAUUCAUUCGUAGACAAAUUGAAACUAUAAAAGCAUAUGUGAGAGUGUAGGAUUGGACAAACCGGAUCAAAAAUUUUAUAGAGCGAAACAUUCAUCCCCAGGCUCUUGAGCGUUCCAUUCUUAUUUUCCCACGGGGGCCCUCUGUUCUUCCACCAUUUGAUUUUUUAUCAGUUUUUUUCCCCCCAUGCAUCGACAAACAUUUUUGAAAAAAAGCAAAUGAAGAUCCACCAUAUCAGUGCAAAUAUGAAAUGCAUCGCUUUCAUAAAUUUAUUUGGAAGAAGCUAAAGAGAUAUGCAAAAUUUGCAUAUGAUGCUUUUCACAAAGUACAGAUCAACCACACUGACUUUAUGGAUUUAUUAAGCACAUACAACACCUGGAAAAACAAAACUCCCUCAACUCUGGAUGAAGUAGCCUGUCACUGGAUGCAGAACAAUGAGAAUCGCUGGAAAACGUGGAAGCCAAAGAGCACCGUACAUGAGCUACGACUGGUGGGUCUUUUUCCAAUCAGUGCCACAGAGUCCGAGAAGCACAGGUUUACUGCUCCUGGCAGUGUUCCUGCAUUCUUCAUGGCAGUCGAAGCUGUAAACAACAACAAAAGCAUACUGACUGACUUCUACAUUAAUCCUAUUGUUUUAAAUGGAGCAUGUGAGCCUGCCAUGGUGAUGAGGCAGUUCAUCGAAAUCCUUCAGGGAUCUUCUAGUUUAGGCUUCUACAAUGAUAUGAUUGGAUUCGUAGGCCCAGCUUGCUCUGAUACAGUUGAACCAAUUGCUGGUGUUUCAAAAUACUUCAAUGUGCCUAUUAUCUCGUAUGGUGCUGAAGGAGCCAUAUUUUCAGAUAAAGAUCAUUAUCCAUACUUCUUCAGGACCAUUCCAGAAAAUAAGAUUUUUCGACAUGUUUACACCCGCUAUUUUGUUCAUGAGAGAUGGAAGAGAAUAGCAUCACUUACUGAGAAUGGCCAGAGAUACUCUGAGUAUCUUACAUUACUUUGUGAUUUACUACAGGAUAAUGGCAUUGAACUGAAAACUCGAAAGUAUUUCCAGGAGAAGAAAACACCAGACUUGACUCUGUACCUCCAAGACUUGAAGAACCAAAAUUAUUACAUCAUCAUAGGGGAUUUUUACCAAGAUGUUGCAAGAGAGGUUAUAUGUAAUGCUUACCACCUGCAGAUGACUGGCUAUGAGGGUUACCUAUGGUUCUUGCCACACUGGUACUCGGUAGGCUGGUAUGAUACUGAUCAAAUGCCAGCAUACAAUAAGUGCACUACUGCACAGAUGCAACGAGCUCUUCAGGGACACAUGUCACUCUCCUAUAAGUACUUUGCUGAAGAUUCAGAUAUCAUGCAAGAAGGAAUUACAGUGAAAGAGUGGCGGAAAAAGUACAGCCAGCGAAUCCAAGACACUAUCAAAAAUGCCUCGGAAUCUGACUAUGCUGGGUUUACAUAUGAUGCUGUCUGGACCUAUGCUCUGGCCUUGGAUAAACUCUUCAAGGAAGAUCAGUCUUAUGCAGCUGACCUUAGAGCACUAAACACGACUCAGGCAUUCAUGAAACAAAUUUCAUCACUGUCUUUUAAUGGAGUGUCUGGGCACAUCAACUUCUCUUCUGGUUCCUCCAGAGUAACAGACAUCAUUGUGUGGCAGUUUCAGGACAAACAGUAUGUUGAAGUUGGACGAUUUCAUCCUGAUGAAGGAGAAUUGAACAUAAAUGAAGGACAGUUCAAGUGGCCAACUGGACGAGCACCAGUUGAUGGUAGCAGGUGUGCGAUACAAGGCUUUAGUGAGUUUGUGAACCUGGAAUGUGCAUAUGCCUUAAUUGUUCUCUGCACUCUCUGCUUCGGAGGACUUAUACUCUUGCUAAUCAUCUGCUUCUGCAUCUUUAAGAGAAGAUAUGAAAAGAAACUGGAACAGAUUCAAGAGUUCUGGCGACGUCGGCCCCUGUUUGAAAUAUUUGAUGGUUGGGAGAUCCCAAGAGACAAAGUUGUUAUCAAUCGCAAGCUUGGUGAGGGAGCUUUUGGCACAGUGUAUGGAGGAGAGUGUUUGUUUGAUGCUCAGGGAUGGGUGGCAGUAGCAGUGAAGACACUGAAGGUGGGGUCAACCAUAUCUGAAAAGCUGGAUUUCCUUUCUGAAGCUGAGAUGAUGAAAAAUUUUGAUCAUGAAAAUAUUGUCCGGCUUCUAGGAGUUUGCACGAAAACUGAGCCAAUCUACACAGUAAUGGAAUUUAUGUUAUAUGGUGAUCUCAAAACAUAUCUUCUUGCUAGAAGAAACUUGGUUAAUGAAAAGAACCGUAAUGAUGAUGAUGAAGUGAGCAAUAAGAGGCUGACUUCCAUGGCUUUGGAUAUUGCACGUGGCCUUGCGUAUUUAGCAGACCUUAAAUAUGUACACAGGGAUGUUGCCUGCCGUAAUUGCCUGGUCAAUGCAAACAGGACUGUUAAGCUUGCUGAUUUUGGAAUGACUAGGCCCAUGUAUGAAAACAAUUAUUACAAGUUUAAUCGUAAAGGUAUGUUGCCUGUACGAUGGAUGGCGCCAGAAUCCUUGACUGAUGGUGUUUUUACUACAAUGAGUGAUAUUUGGUCAUAUGGUGUAUUACUGUAUGAAAUUGUCACAUUUGGAGCAUUUCCAUUCCAGGGGAUGACUAACGACCAGGUGCUGGAGCACGUCAAGGCUGGCCACACCAUUGCCAUUCCCAGAGGAGUCAAACCUCAACUGGAUGUGUUGUUGAAGACUUGUUGGAAUCGCAAUCCAAUGAGACGACCUCAGGUAUUACAAAUAAUUGAACACCUAAUUAAUUAUCCACGAUUAAUUUCUCCAUGCUUAGAUGGACCUCAGUCUUCUGUGCAGAUUGAGGAUACAGUAUCUCUUGAGAUGAGAAUUCCAGAUAAGACAAGAAAAUUAUCCCUUUCAAUCAACAAUCGGCUGCAGAAUGUGGCAUCUUCAAGUAGAAAACGGUCAAUGAGUGGGAAUAUGGUGAUGAAUAUUCCACCUCUCACUACAAGCUUGAGUGAAGAUGGCAUGAUCUCUGCACAUUCCAACCUAGACGCUCUUAAUUUAAACCAUGUGAUGCUGGAGGAAAGUGAAGUGGGAGAGGACCCCUUACUACCCCCUGCCCAGUAUGUCUCCUCAAGGUAUAUGUCUUUAGCACAUAAAGAUCAUAAAGAAAAAGAAAAAGAAAGUUUAGUGAGUAGACAGCAAGGAGAUUAUUGUACCACAGAUAUAUCGCGUGAUUUGUGGACUAGUGUCACACCCGUAUAGGGAAAGGCCCACCUAGGCAAAUCUUAAGUGACCAAAGUAGUGUUCUAGUGGAUUAGAUAUGAGAGUAUUACUGUGCAUUGAGGUUUCCUUAAGGAGGCACUCAAGACCAGAUCUUAGCAGCAAAGCACGUUGAAUGUACUCAUAUGCUAAUCUUUUUCUGGUCAUACUAUUUUAUAUUAUUUAAGUGUUAUUUAUGAAAUUUUAUUACUCAGAAUGAUGUAGAUAUUCCUAAAAGCACAAAGAAAUGCUUGCUUAUAAUAGCUUGCAUUCUUUGCUGUGGGUAUCAACACUGCAGAUGGCAUCUAUCAGUAUUAUCUUAUUAUGCAAGGGGAUUCGUAUGCAAGCUCUGAUGCAAUAUGAAUCAUUGUUUUAAGACAGCUAUCAUGUGCCAAUGCUGAAGAUUAAACCUCGCAGGUGAAUGGCAGUUGUUGCUGUGAAGUGAAGCAGUUCUGCAGCUAUGGGCCCACAAUAUUCCUUCCUCCCAAUCCCAUAGAUUGUGUUGAUUAUAUGAAGUCUUGGUGUUAUGUUAAUUUUAAGCUCCUAGACCUUAAGAGCACUGUUUUGCAGACUUAUCAGGAAGACAACUAUUUAGUAUUUUACUGAAAAUAAUGCCAAAGUUUAAAAGUUAGUGUAAUAAUUUUUACCAUCAUUUUAUGCACGAGUUUUUGAGGUUUUAUUUAUUUAUUAAUGUGACUUGACAUUUGUCAGAUUCUGUAGUUUCUGUCUGGAAUAUCAUGAUUUUAAAUAAUACUUCUCAUGACAUGUUUAUUCCUUUUUCAUUGUGUGUGUGUGUGUGUGGGGUGCAGCAGAUAUGUUUAGUUUUGGAAGUAUUAUUUAGGCCUCAGAUUUUCUUUAUUAUGUGAAUGUUUUGCAUUGGAAAUUUAAGGUCUAAGCUAAAUUAGUAUGCAAUUUUCAUAGAAAGGCUGGGAAGAGCUAUAUACUUCAAGUUUUCUUCAGUUGGAAAGUGACAGUGAUGCAAUAAUUGACAAGGCUUGUUUCUCCCUUUACACUUGUCUUAGUAUGAACAACAGCUUAAUACCUCUAUACUAUUUGUUUUUUCUAAAUUUUUCCUUGAUACCUCGAAUGUACUCCAAGCCAGGACAGCUUCCCUGGUGCAUUGAAAGAUAACCAGGACAUACAAGGUUCUUGCUCCUUGGACUAUUUAAAUGUUUGCAACAAGUGAUGCCAGCAGAAGGGCUACCUUGUAUAUUUGUCAUAUUAAUUGACUGAAAAGCGAUAGUGAUACUUAAUACAAGUGCUUGGCAACAAUGUUAAAAUUACUUGGUGACCCAAAGUAAUGAAACUUAAGAGCCAAUAAGUUAAACUAGUUAAAGAAAUUGACUCAUAUAGACACAAGAAACAUUUGGGUUGUGGUGUUAAGGUCAAUGUGGUGUCCUAAGUCUGCUGCUGGACUGAUACGGGUCACAUGGGUUGAAGGCCGCAAACACUAGCUUCUCUCAGCUUCACUGCUCCCCUGUGGUCAUUAUUUGUCAUAGUGAUAAAUGUGGUUGAAGGGUCACUAUGCUAGGUAUGUGCUAAGCACACACACAUAUAUGUACAGUGCUAUAGCUUUUAGGAAGCAAUCAUACGUAACACGGUGUACAUGCUUUCAUCUUUCAUAUUUCAUCACCAAUUUUUUUUUGUCAUAAAAAAAAGGUUGUGUAAAUCUUUUAAUUUGUGUAACUAAAUUAAUGUUAAUCUUUGCUUGUAGUAAGCAGUGCUUAUUUUAUCACUGCCUUUUGUGCUGACAGUUACAACUUAAUGGUUAUGCCAGGAAGUGGGUUGGUUAUUUACUGUAGUGUAGAAAAUUUACCCUUUAGUACCAAAAAAUUAAACAAACCUUUGUUUUUUAAAGUUUAAAAUAUGUAUCCCAAAUAUUUCUGAGGGCUGUUAUGGGAGGAGCAAGCUGCUUUGUCGUAAAUAAUUCCCGAAAAAUAUCUUUUAUCAGCUGUCAAACCUUACUAUUUAGUAUUUUUACCUAUUUAUAAAAAGUGUGAAAUGUCCAUGAAUGUUAUUUAUAUAGCAGUGCCAAGGAUAUGGGGAGGGGUUGAGGUAUAUGCAAUCUCUCUUCAUUUUCAUAUGUAAGUUGAUCAUAUGACCAGAAUAGACAACCUCAAGUCUGUUGUAUUUCGCCCUUCCAAAAAUGAAACCUCAGGUACCUUAACCACAAGUCCUCUCACUGAUGCUUCACAAGUCCUCUCACUGAUGCUUCACAAGUCCUCUCACUGAUGCUUCACAAGUCCUCUCACUGAUGCUUCACAAGUCCUCUCACUGAUGCUUCACAAGUCCUCUCACUGAUGCUUCACAAGUCCUCUCACUGAUGCUUCACAAGUCCUCUCACUGAUGCUUCACAAGUCCUCUCACUGAUGCUCUUCAACACAAGUCCUCUCACUGAUGCUUCACAAGUCCUCUCACUGAUGCUUCACAAGUCCUCUUACUGAUGCUUCACAAGUCCCCUCACUGAUGCUUCACAAGUCCCCUCACUGAUGCUUCACAAGUCCCCUCACUGAUGCUUCACAAGUCCCCUCACAGAUGCUUCACAAGUCCCCUCACAGAUGCUUCACAAGUCCCCUCACAGAUGCUUCACAAGUCCCCUCACUGAUGCUUCACAAGUCCCUCACUGAUGCUUCACAAGUCCUCUCACUGAUGCUUCCUUCACUAACCUGCUAGCAUGUUAAAUAAAAUUGUCAAAGUAAAUAUAAUUUGAAGAUAUAGUCUGAAACACGUGCAUUUGUGUAAAAUUAUGCAAAAUAGUGAGGUUUGACUGCUUAGCAGAAUUUUAGUUUGUUUGCUCCAAACAUUGUGAAAAAAAGUCUUAUACAUGAGAUUGGAUUUGCUUUAUACUAAGCAAAUUUUUUAAGAGUUAUAAUUAAUGGUGUCUACUUUUUAUGUAAAUUAUGAAUUAUAUUCAAAAAUAAGCGCUAAACCCAUAAGGGUUAUAAAUUAUAGGUUAUGCUUGUUAAAAUAUUUUUAUUGUAAGAUAGUCAUUUAAAUAUAAGUUAGUGCUUAAAUAUUUGUUUAAAUAAAAAUGCCUGGUGAGUUAAUUAGAUGGGUCUUAAAUUUUGUAUAAAAAUAAAUGUAUUAAAGUGUUCAGAUAAGCACCAGUCACCUUAAUUUGAUAGAUUAUAUUACU